AUGCAAAGCAGUCGUAGCAGCCGGCAAGACCUCUCCAUCCUUGUCCUCAAGCACCUUAUCCACUUUCCACUCCCCGUCAACCUUUCUGACCCUCAAAACAGCAGAAGGCGGGUGAGCAUUGUAAGGGUCUUUGUUAGCCUUGUAGAUCUCAAUGCCUACAGGGAAAGCAGCGAUCCAGAGAUCGCCAUUCUCGUCAAUGGAGACGUUAUCCAGACCGUAGUUAAGCUUGAUCUCGUCCACCUUCUUAAGGUCCUUGUUAGGCAGGAUGUUGUAGAUUGUGAGCGUACCCCUUAUCGAAUCUGGUACGUAGAGGGUGUUUCCAUGGAUGGCGAGGCCGUUGGGGAAUUUGAGGCUGCUGGAUACUUCUUUGCAAGGGGUGUUGGGCUUGCAGACGUUGAUGUUGGCGAAGCCCAAAAUGGGGGAUAG